GAGCUUUUCUUUUCCUGGGACUUUAAUGAAGUUGGCCCUGGUCUGGGCAGUCUUGGAGGGAUUAUAUCUCAAACUUGUGUCUCUUCUGUCACUUGGCCCUGUGACUGCUGAGACUGAUGGGCUGUGCUGUGAGGUGAGUGAGGGAGCAUUCCUUAGGGUCACAGUGAACGGGAUGAUCGCAGGUCAGAAGCAGAAGCAGAAUAUGGCGGCAGGAUCACCUCCUACUCACCCAGGCUUUGGCACCUCUGGGAAGAGCUUCCUCAUCGACAACCUGCUGCACUCUGCAUUGCCAUCCUCUUCCUCAACCUCUUCCUCAUCCUCUUCCUCGCCCACCUCAAAUGGACCAACAAGUGGGCUCUUCAACGGGCUCCCGACCGGCCCCCACAGGAGAACCUGGGGCCCUCAGCAUGUUGUCUAUGAGGGCCAGAGUAAAAACUGUGAACGAGUCAAAGACAGAGGGCUUCCUCCUCGGCCACACUCAGGCCUGUUGAGCAGUGUGUUUCUGCGGGGCCCUCAGUACGUGCUGGCAGCAGUGUGCUGUGGUGGGUCCAGCCCUCCACCUGUCUUCUCCAAGGGAGCCAAUAUUCUGAUGUGGUCCCCGGAUACGAGUCCCAAAUCCCGGCGAGGGAUCCUGAGGAGGGCGGUGUUCUCUGAGGAACAGAGGAAGGAGCUGGAGAAAACAUUCAAAAAACAGAAGUACAUCAGCAAGACAGACAGGAACAAACUGGCAGCAGAUCUCAGCCUGAAGGAAUCCCAGGUGAAGAUCUGGUUUCAGAACCGGAGGAUGAAGUGGAGGAACUGUAAGGAGAAGGAGGCCCACAGCGGCCGCUCCCCCAUGGAGGAGCUCAUGUCCCGGGGCUGCAACCAGGAAGAGGAACGCAAGGGGGCACCAGAGAGCACGGGCACGCCAUCAGACAUCUCACCAUCACAGCAGCGGGACACGGACACAGGAGUUACCACAGAGAAAGAGCCAUGCAAGGAACCUGUGACUUUGCUACAGCCACUGAGUCCGCACAGACACAUUAUGACCUCUGACUGCUGAGAGGAUGAGCGACUGAGAGAAAGAUGAGCCUUAGUGUUGUGAUGCAUCAAUGAAAAGGGACUGUCUGACCAUUGGAUAAAACGACUAACACUCCAUAACAACAAAAUACUUGUCAUUUUAAUAUUGUGUGGAUUGCUAUUGUGUAGUAACAUUUUGUAGACUGAUUACAAGUGUUGUUGAAUGUGUUUUGGAAAGUGUUUUUGAAUAAUCAAUACAAAUCUCAAAAACAAAUUUUUUAUUGUACCAUACACUGUAUAUAAACACACAUUGCAGGUUAGUCAGUGACACACAACCAUGUAUAAAUGCUUUAACAUGUAAGACUGUAUUCAGAAUGGUUUUUU